AUGGAGUUACAGCAAAGGGCCGCGGGUCAGGUGGACCUGCGUGAAGAAUCAGAGAAAGUGCCAGAAGAAGAAGAUGCAGUGGAAGCUGUAUUUACAACAUCGCGAUAUGGGAAACCUGUGAUACAGAUAGGGAAGCAUCGUUUCAACAAGUGGAGCGGCAGCAAGGGGCCGCGCGCGAGGUGGCAAUGUGUCAAGACCUGCUACGGAUUUGGUCGUCCGGAGUUCAUUCCAACGUUUACUGUAUCUCGGUACGGUAAGCCCGUGAUUGAGAUCGGUCCUUUCCGAUUCAACAAGAAGGAGUGUGGCGACAGGAGACGCGCCCACUGGCGUUGUGUCAAGGGACCCACCACAAAGUGCAGAGCAAAAGUCAUCACCAUGGACAACGAAAUAGUGUUUCAAUACAACACACAUAAUCAUGCUGUGGGAGAUUUCCCACAUUAAAUGAUGUAUGAUAGAAUAUGAUAAAAAAUGCUAGAAACUGAUAAUUGAUAAUGUUAUUACGGAAUGAUAAAGAAACUACCGAUUUAUAGAAAUGCUUGUAAUGCACUGAUCGAUACAGGUUGCGCAUACAUCAUCAUGAAAGUAGAACGCUAAAUUAACAAAAUAAAAUAUAAAGUAAAUUACGAAAUAUGUACGUGUACACAUACAAAUUGAACUGAGAACGGUAAAAACCCAACAUGAUGCGCCAGCUGUUGACGUCUUCUUGUGCAGUAAGAACCUGUAUGAAUAAUAAUGAAUAUUUUGAAAGUGUUGUAGACGAUGGAAUAUAAAAUUGGA